AUGACUUCAGUGUUUAUAUAACCUCACCAGCGAACUACGUUUCUGUUUAUGCGUCCAGAUUAAAACGGUGUAAAUUGGGAAAAUGGCUUUUUCUUGGAAAGCAGUAGGGCUCUGUCUCGUUGCAUUUUUAAUGGUGGCAAAUGCCACUCUUGUUGGUGCACCGAGUGAUGCCAGCUUGAAUGACCCAGAAGUGAAAAAGGCCCUUCGGUGGGCUGUCUCGGAGUACAACAAGCAGAGCAACGACGCCUAUCUCAGAGGGGUGUCAAAAGUAGUCAAGGUCCAGAAACAGGUCGUCAGUGGCAUGAAGUACAUUUUCACAGUAGUUCUGGGUAGUACCACUUGCAAGAAAGGUCGUGUGUGUGAAGCGGGUUCAAACCAGGCAAAGCCCUACAUUUGCACUUUUGAGGUAUGGAGCCAGCCCUGGCUGAAGAAUACCCAGCUGGUAAAGAAUGACUGCAAGGAAUAUCAUCCCUGAGCCCUUGUAGCCUAGUGUACUUUGUAGCUAGAGUUGGGUGAUACAACACAAUAUUACAAUGAUUUUUUCAUAUCACUUGAUAAUGAUUUGAAUCAUGUUAUAAUUGAACUAAUUAUUUCUUUACUUCAGGGCUCAAUUUUUGCGUAUAGUUGUCUUAGGAUUCCUCUUAAACAGAUUCAGAGCAAGAAAAAGUUAAAUGGACUGCAAAAUUAAAUGUAAUUUUAAAUAGAAAAGAUGCUGUUGGAUAAACAACAAUGUAUUCUCUGGACAACCCUGUCACCCCUCCCCCCAUCUAAUCCCUACUCCUCUCACACCUCCAACCUCUACAAUUCCUAGAAUUACUGGAUGGAUCAACUGGAAUUAUGAAAGCCAAUAAAUGUGUUUUUACACAAAUGCCCUGAGUUCACAA